UUUUUAGGACAUCCUGAUAAUAAUGAAUUACACUAGUCCAGUCUGGAAGUAAUAAAUGCAUGAACUAGUUUUAGCUUUUCAGCAUCACUUAUUAUCAGCAUAACUAAUGAUGAAUAAUGCAGAGCGGUGUAUGAACACACAGUGAAUGAAAAAGGUGAGUGAAGAAGAAAUAGUCAGAGCAUCAUGGGAAGCCCCCAGCAGCCUAAGCUUAUUCCAGCAUAAGGGAAGAUGUUACACUAUUAACAAAACAACUUGGAUGGGAGUAGAGUUUAGGUAACUGCCCUGCAUUGUGUUGGCACAUGGUACUGAAGAGACUGACAGUGCAGGAAUUAUGUCUUUAAACUUAGUUACAGCACUUUGAUAGACUGUAACUAAGUUCAAGUACAUGUUAUGAUACAGAAGAUACCUAUUAUUCAAUAUUAAGUGCUGGGAGGUGAAAGGUUAUGGAUGUACAAGAACUACAAGUAUCUGUGUGUAAUAAUAUCUGUCUGUGGAACUCUUGUUAACCACAAAGUCUGUGAUAAGAAAAUUUAAAUCACCAGCUUUACUGACUAGGUGAUUUGAAUUACAAAGCCAAAGUGAGUCACGUCAUCAUUUGACCCAGGAUUUUAACCAGUUUAUUUUUAAAGCAGUCAAAAUCAACAGCUUUCAGGUUUCCAUCUUUUGUAUUUUCGAUCAUUUUUUUUCAUGUAGUGAGGUUAAUUUCUCCAAAUUGUUGCAUUUAUUAACUUUAUAAAUGUAUGUAAUUGCAUUAGUGCAUUGGAUAAAUACAGCCUGGUUGACCCAAAUUCUGACCCGAUCUGUACCCCACACAUUUAGUUCCUUAAUGUCAUUACAUUUUUAACAUAAAUAACAUUUCACUGAUCAGUAUGAAUAAAUAUGUUGAAAUAGGACACCCUUGAGGGAGUGCUAAAAGUUGGGUAUGGUACCAGUGGGUAAAAUGACAGAACUGCUGAUAUUCUGAUACAAACAACAAAUUAAGCUUCUGAAUCCAACUUAAAAAUCACAGUGUUCAAGUACCAAAAAGAUAAAUUGAUGCUCCAAUUUGUCAAAGACUUUGUAAAAGUCCAGAAAGAGAAUGAAUCCAUCGUGUCCUAUAAGGUUUCUGUCGAGUUUCUGGUAUUACAUUAUUGCUGUAUAAAAAGAUUUGAAAUACCUUUUUGAAGAGAAACAAUAAAAUUUAGGUUAGUAGUAGUAGUCUAUUCAUAGUCAGUUUCUUAGAGUGAUAGGUCUCCUGUUUUCUAUAAAUCUGUGGUCUAUGUUGGGUCUGAAAUAAUUCUGAAAAAAUUUAUGUAAAAGCUCAAGAAAUGCCGAUGCACCACUGCACCAAAUCCAGCGCUGGGCGCUCCGUGGGUUGUCGGGAAUAACAAGCGACGUAAACGGCAGAGGGAGGCAGGGAAAAAAAGAAAAGCAGGGAUGCAGAGGUGGCUAUUGCAUCCAGCUGCGAAAACAACAACACAAACCCCACUUCCAUCCAUCUGGAGAACUGAGAACCUUCACAGACAUAUUCCAUCCAUCUUCCUUACCAACACCAGAUUCAUUGCAAACAAAACAGAGGAGCAACAAUCAGAAAUCUACUACAACCGUCUUGUUCAGGAGUGUUGUCUACGGACUGUAACGAAAUUCUGACUCCGUCCGCAAAUCCCUGAUGCCUAGGUGGAGUUACCAGGCUAGACCCUACACUGCCAGGACCACAACAAAGACUCUGGUUAUUUAACCGUUACUACUGAAUCUCUUCCUCCUGUCGUCAUUGGAGAUACCGUCACACUCAAGUGCAACUUCCAAACAGAUGGCAGCCUGCGAGAGAUUGUGUGGUUUCGGGAAAGCGAACAGAUUAUUGAAGAAGCCAGUGCCAAGCAAAAGAUUUUCAGCUAUGAUGCUAUGUACAACACUAGCUACUCCCACAUGGAGGACAACCACAAACGGGAGGUCCUAGUAUACCAGUCAACAGUGCGACUUCCAGAAGUUCACAUGGAGGAUGAUGGCCUGUAUGAGUGCCAUGUAGGGAUUUAUGACAGAAAUUCCAGAGACAAAGUUAUUCUAGCCUCUAGCAGUAUCACCCUCACUGUCAUAGUACCUCCAAAGUCUAUCUCUGUGGUGGUGGCCAACAGCCCAGCACCAUUCAGCCGUUACGAGGCUCAAAACUUCACUCUGGUUUGCAUUGUUACAGGAGCAAAACCAGCUCCCAUGGUAUACUUCAAGAGAGAUGGUGAGCUUAUUGAUGUUGUGCCAACAGCCCAGUCUUUUUCUUCAGUAGGAGUCCAAAGUAAGAGCCCAGGUCACAAAAAGAGCUGGACUAUGAACCAGGAAGGGCUUUGGAGUUCCCAGAUGUUGACCAGUCGAGAUGUCGAUGACACCAAACUCCAGAAGUCCCUGCUGGAGCAAGAGGAGAAGCAGGCUUGGCUAGGCCAUGAUGGACCUGUUGGCUCUCAGGGCCAAGAAGAAGAGUCUGAACUGAAUCCUGAAGAAACCACUGAGAUGAUCCCUGAGACAAUAGUGAGCAGGGAAUUUCCCCGCUGGGUUCAGACUACUGACCCUCUCUAUUACUUCUAUCACCGGCAGCAGGCAGCAGGCGAUGGCACCAUGGAGGUUAGAGCCAUGCUAACCUGGAGCCUCAACCCCCAGCUGGACAAUGAGGCUCUGUUCAGCUGUGAGGUCAACCACCCAGCUCUAUCCAUGCCCAUGCAAGCUGAGGUCACAUUGGCUGCUCCCAGAGGACCUAAGCUGUCCAUGAGUCCCAGUAAAGCCAAAGUGGGAGAUACGGUGCGGAUCACUGUGCAGGGCUUCCAGCUGGGACCUUCUGCAAGUGAAGUCUUCCCUGAGCCAAUAUUCACUUGGACCAAGGUUGGUGGGGAUCUGCUCGAUGGCAGAGCAGUCCAUAACGGAAGGGAACUCAUCCUGGAGAGAGUCCCUGCUGAGCUCAAUGGCUCCAUGUUUCGCUGCACAGCCCAGAAUCCUCUGGGCUCCACAGAUACCCACACCCGCCUGAUUGUGUUUGACAACCCAAGACUGAAGAAAGGAAAAGAACAUUACAUUGCCAUCAACACAGCAGUCGGUCAACGCUCCCUCGCAUUAUCCACCAUGCUGCUGCUGAGAUUCACCUGUGAGCUGACGUGACCUGAAGCUCUGCUCUGCUGCUAAACACACUACCCACUUUCCUGAGGCACCUUCAGUGACCCCUGAAAGUAGUUAAACCUCCACCCAGUCCUUCUGCUUGAGCAAUUAGGAGAAAGGACUCAUUCUGAUUCUGCAUUAGACACAGAAUGAAGUUUCAGAGGCAAUUUACAUGUAAUCUUGGGAAUACUUGAGAUUUACCACUACCAUAGGGAUGAUAGUAGAUAGACUGUAAGUUGGCCAGUCAGCAUUAUCAGCUGCCAGGAUUUUGAUCUAUAACAUCACUCCUGCUGCCAGAUUUAUGUCAAAAAAACCCAGGCAAACUUAUAGACACAUCAAAUAUUGAAUAGUUAAGGCUAUUAUUCAAAAAUGAUCUGGAGAACGAGUUCUUAGAAAUCAGCAAAUCUGGACAGCUUUCAUAUUCUUGCAUAAAAUAUCUGAUGUUUUUGGGUCUGGUCAUUCCUUCCCAGUCUGUUGAGUUUCUAAAAGCCAUAACAAAACCUGUUAUGUCAGAAAUUACUCAUUUAUUUUUUUUGAUUGUGUUUAAUCUGGAUUCAAAAUAUUAUCUAUAGAAAUUGAAGUUGGAUAACUUGCUUCCCACUUCCCACUAAAAACUUGUAACAAUGUAAAACUAACAAUUCUCCACUACAGUCUUAUGUAUGUCUAAGCAUAAGUAUUGUGAGUUUAUUGCAGGUAGAGAUAUUCUUUUCUUAGCUCAGGUGUGGAUUUUUAAAUAAAAUAUAUUUAAUCAGUGAAAACACUCUUGACCCUUCACUGUAAACCCGAAAAGUUAUCAGAACUUAAGACAACUGGUUGAAUUGAUUUUCCUAAGUUUUUCGAGUUGAUGAACUUAAAAGUUUAAAGUUAUCAGAACUUCAAUAUUUUGAUUACAUUUGACAUGUACCCUUUCACUAAAAUAAAACUAAAAUAAAACU